AGUUCCCGCAAGUUUCGGUUUGAAUGGCCAGUAACCGUCUUAAAACAACUAACAAACAAGUCUUAAAACGAGUAAAGUUAAAUUAUUCGUGUCUUUUUUUUAUACAUGAAGAACUGUUGACUGUUUAGUUCGAACCAGCGGCAUUCAAAACGAAAUCGAAAUUCAACGUCGGAAAGGGAAUGUCGGAUAUCUGCCUGUAAGCAGAUUCGCUCCGCUGGUUAAACUGCACCGCUCUCUGACAGUAUGGACCGAUUUAAAUUUAUGCUGUUGGAAAUAUCCGACAGACUGAGCCAGGACAACGUGGCUAAAUUAAAAUUCCUGUGUGGAGGUCGGAUUGGGAAGAAGAAAAGUGAGCAGAUAUCUUCUGGGAUUCAUCUGUUUGAGUGUUUAAUAGAGAGAGCCGAGAUCGGGCCUCAAAACACCGAGCUGCUGAGAGAACUUCUCACCAACAUCGGACAGCAGGUUCUGCUGGAUCUAGUCGAUCAGUAUGAAGGGGAACCGAUGUGUACUGAGGCCCCGAAACGAGAAGAACAAGAAAAAAUCAACCAGGCAACAGAACUAAUAGUCCAGCACAUGGGGAAGAAGUGGCUUCAGUAUGGACGGAAACUGGGCAUCAGUGAGGUGAAGCUGGAGGGCAUACAAGAGAAACAUCCUCGCAAUUUGGAAGAACAAGUGCGGGAACUCUUCAAAGAGUGGAGCAAGAUGCGCAAAGCAGAAGCCAAAGUUAAUGAACUGAUCGCGGCCCUCCGAGCUUGUGAUCUGAACUUCACUGCUGAUGUUGUGGAGAAAAAACUUCAGAACCCCAGUAAAGCCUAAACAUGUCUAAAAUAUGACCUUACAUAUGUGAAUUCUCAUAUUUUCUCUUGUUUACAGGCCUUAAUUUGAAUUGUUGAUACACAUGUAUGUUCAAUAUUCAGUUUCUCUUGUUUUGCCAAGAAUAUUGCUAAGUGCACUUUGACUUUAUUAAAUUGAUAUAUUUGGGGGACUUUAAUUUUUGGAAAGCUUCUUUCAGCCCUCUCAGGUCUGCAGAAACAUUUCUGUGUUAUGAUUGUAUGUGAACUGUGAAUUAGUGUAUGCUGUUUUCAAAUGGUACUUUUAUGAUUUUAUUACUGGUAAAUUAUAAUUUAGAUUAAUAUAAUAAAUUCUAUAAAGUCAAAAGUCAAACUUCCGUUUGACACCUACGGAGCACGUCCUCCAAAAAAUAUGUGUUGUAUAUGAUGUUCAGAUAUUAUCUAGUGAUCUAGAGAUGGGGGGAUUGCAUUGGCCAUAGACUGAAAUCAGCCAAUAUUUGUUCAAUUAUGGUGAUCUGUAAAAUCCUCUCCACACACAUGCACACACUUUGUUCAUGUGAAUAUCCAUCUAACAUGACUGCUAAAAACACACACACUGGUUUAAACCAGACUAUUUAAAAGUGUUUAUUGAUUUAUUCAUCAGUUUCUACUGUAAAGCUGUCAAUAUUUUAAGGCAUUAAUAAAAUUCUAGCAUCUCUA